CCAGCCAUGCAGUCCUUUCGCGAAAGGUGUGGUUUCCAUGGCAACCAGCAGAACUACCAGCCGACUUCUUCGCAAGAUUCAUCACGCCUGGAGAAUUACAGGCAUCAAAGCCCAGCCUGCGAACGUCAGAGGCUGGUGACAAAAGAGUAUUACAGCCCCCAGCAGCCGCCUCCUCCGCUGCCCCCGUUGCCGUACCAAGCCUUUGGUGAAAACAGCGCCGUGGAGAAGUACCAUCGGGGAAGCAAUAAGCCGUUACGCGGCCAGCAGCUGCCCAGCAGGCCGGCUUCCUUCCCCAAUUACUCCAUCCAAGAGAAUAGUCCCUACCCUUCACGCUACGCCGGAGAGGACGGCCUGCAGGGAUGGGUGUCCCCGCAGCAGCAGCCGCCUCCACAGCCUUUACCUGGCGGGGUGGCCAAGUACGAGGAUAAUCUGAUGAAAAAGACGGCCACCCCAUCAAGUAGCAGGCAGUACCAUGAACAGACACCCCAGCUGCCCUUCCGAAGCCACGCCUUGCACCUCCAGCAGCAGCCGGGACCCCAGCCCUCUCCCCUGACGUACCCCAAACUCCCCAGGCAGAAGAUGCAAAAUGAGGUGUCCUCCUCGCUCUCCUUCUCGCAGGGAUCCCACUUUCCGCAGCAUUCCCAGUCCUUCUCGGCUUCCUCCACGUACACGUCGGUCCAGAGCGGGGGGCAGACAGCUCAUUCCUACAAAAGUUGCAACCCUCCCCCUGCCCCACCCACGCACGAAAGGGGUCUGGGCAGUGCCGCUAACUUGCCCGCCGCACAACGGGUCCAGGGUUUACACAGCUACCAGCCCAACCGAAUCAGCUACGAGCAGCCGCCACAGCAGCCACCGCCGCCGCCGCCGCCACCACCACCUCCGCCCUCUUUGCAAGGUAGACACCAUGCUCAGGAGGCACUGCACUAUCAAAGCCUAGCAAAAUACCAACAUUAUAACCAGCCAGGACAGAGUUACUGCCAAGCUGACGCUCCGGUGAGGACACCGGACCAGUAUUACCAAACGUUUAGCCCCAGCUCGAGUCACUCUCCAGCUCGUUCCGUUGGGAGGUCCCCGUCGUAUAGUUCAACGCCUUCUCCGUUGAUGCCUAACUUAGAGAACUUCCAAUACAGCCAGCAGUCCCUGACCGCUGGGACAUUUCCAGCCAACCUGGCUGACCAUAGCCACUUCAUGCCUUUGCUGAACCCGUCGCCAACCGACGGGGCGAGCUCUGACGCCCAGCCACCUGCCAACUGCAAGAGCCUGUCAAAGGAGAAGAUCCCCGAGAACCUCUUAUCGGAUCUGAGUCUCCAAAGCCUGACAGCCCUUACCUCUCAAGUGGAAAACAUCUCCAACACUGUCCAGCAGCUUCUCCUUUCCAAGUCCACGGGGAUGCCACAGAAGAAGGGGAUCAAAAAUUCACCCAGGACCCCAGAGCAACUCAAGGGACAGCACUGCAGCCCCGAGGGCAACAAUUAUCCUGCAGAGCAAGCGGGGACUCCACACUCUGACCCCCUCAGCACCCCGCAGUCGGUCCACGCUGAAACCCAAGAGACCGAUUACCUGAGUGGCUCCGAAGACCAGCUGGAGAGGGGCUUCCUGUACUGCAGUCAAAGCCGUAGCCCAGCUCGGGUCAACAGCAAUGCCAAACCCAAGCCCGAAUCUGUGUCCACCUGCUCGGUGACGUCUCCGGAUGACAUGUCGACCAAGUCCGAUGAUUCCUUCCAAAGCAUUCACCCCAGCCUGCCCUUGGAGAGCUUUACGAAGUUUGUGUCUGGUGAAAGAGACUGCCCCCGGUUGCUCCUCAGUGCUCUCUCUCAGGAGGAGCUGGCCUCUGAAAUUAUUGGUCUUCAGGAUGCUAUUAACGAGAAAGCAGACAAAGGCUGGGCCAACUCCCCUGCUCCAAGCAAAGACCCAGACAAAUCUCCUUUCCACUUGGAGAACCACAGGACUUGCCUUGACUCUGUGGUCAAAAGCCCCUGGUCCAACCAGGGGGACUCCAACGCUCUUGCUGAGCCCCUGAAGUUAGACAAAGGACUGGGGCGUAACAAUGGGAAAAACUUCACUGAGGAGGUUUAUGACACCUCCCAGGUUUCCUUCACCACAACCGAGACGAAGAAUUCCCUCAAAACCACCAGCUCCGUAGGCUACAAUGCCAAGCCGAGCAUCUCGGUGGCCACCUCCAGUUCGGAGACCCCUGGAGGCUUCAGCUGCUAUUCCAACGCCACUUCCAACUCAGUCAGUUCCGAAAGUGCCAUGGAGAACUUUGAGUGGCCAGAUGAGAACCUCAGCGACACCUGGAAAGAGCUCGGCUCAAGCCUUCAAUCCUCAGAUCUUUCCAAGAGUUUGUUCUCUGGCAAACUGAGCGAGACCUCUGAGGAGAAAAAAAAUGCUUCCUGCAUGAGUCUCUGUGGUCCCGAAGGGUCCAAUGAAGGCGAGGGAAUCACGGGCUUCGGUCAACAGCAGCAGGCCAGCAAAGAAGAAGGCUUAAAUUACAACGAGGCCACGAGGACAGAGAGCGAGCGAUGGCUGGAGGACACUGCCAGGAACUCCUGUUCGGGAGAAGAUUUCAGCGAACUCCCCAUGAUGUCUUCUCCAGAUUUGAAAGAAUCUGAUUUGGAACCUGAAGAAUAUUCCUCUUUGUGUGAGUUAGCUGGCUCUGAGCAAAAGACAUUGACUUACGAUGCCUUCACCCCUAAGCCUGCAGAGAACGCUCCGGUUCUUUCUCUCCAAGAUACCCCAGGAUCAGCGGAAGAAGCCACCAACACCGUUGAGAAAGAGAACACCGCUCCUCCUUCUCAUUUGUCUGAUCCAUCCGUUCUCCUUUUGGGACCCUCAGUUGGCACAGACACCAAAGUGAAAAGCUGGUUCGAAACUUCUCUGCAUCACUUGGAGUCCAAGGAAGAGUCAGCAGCUGGUGAAAACGUCCCUCAAGAUAAGACCGAGACGUCAACUACUUUGCUGUUGAAGAAACCAGUCCUACCAGACAAGUUGACCAUAACCUCAGAACCCACCUCUAGAGGUAAAAGUCUUCGGAGUAAAAAGCUGCAGUGUAGGCUGUCGAGUGGAGAGGAACUUAUUCAAUCCAUGUCAAAUCCAUGUUCAGGUAUUCAAGCAGCUGGCCUUGUGGCCAAUACAUGCUUGGCUCCCAACAACUUGAUUGAAAUGCCCAGUAAGAACACGCAUGGCCAGACUCCCAGGUUCCCCACGGAGGGCUUGCCGGCCAGAAUGUGUACCCGUUCCUUUUCUGCAAUGACCGAGCCACGAAUGCCAGACCCUCUGGAAGGUGCCAAAGCUUCAACUCCUCACGAGAAGUUGGCGGGCAAGAAGUCCAUGUGUGUUUUGAAAGAGAGAGUGUCCUUCAAAGCUAGGAAGGCCAAUGGGAAGGCGUCGCCAAAGCUCUGCAAUCCGUCUCCUCCCCUGAUCUCCAACUUGACCCAGAAUGAAGACUCUGCUGUCUCCAAGGCCAAAGAAGGCGACAUUGUAGAAACCGAGAUGAAAGAUCAACAAUCCAUGAUUCUCCGUUCCAGGACCCGGACUCAGGAGGUCUUCUACACCAAGCGAAGGAGAGAGAAAAACAUGGUGGAAGUGGACUUCAAAAACGCCAAACUGCCCCGGAAGGUCUUCCCCAACAACCUUCUGCCGGGGUCUUUCAGGAUCAGCUCUGAGAAGGAGAGCAAGCUGGGCAAGCAGAUGAAAGCUAGGCCAGAAAUGGCCGGCAAGAUCUCCGAGAGGCCGCUCCACGCCUUGAAAAGAAAGUCUGUUUUCCUGCCCCCGAUUCCGGCGAAGAAACGGAACCUGAUCCUC